CAGAUCGUCCGUUAUCGUUUUGACGAUCCGCUGUGAUGCUGCAACGUUCGCGCUGAUUGUGAAUGAUACGUCAAAGGUCAUAUCUUAUCGCGUCGCUCCUUAGAAUUGUUUAAAUAUUGUGCGGUGGUGUAAGUGAAGUCAGUUAACUCGCAACCGCCGGUGAACGAGCAUAUUUAUACUGUGAUUGUCGAAACGUAGAGUUCGAGUACAAAACGACUGUGGAUUAAACAUAAGUGCUACAUAUAGUAUUACAAAGUGAUUUUAUACGAAUACGAUAGUAAAAGUGAUUCAAAAUGCCUAUCCGUCGUAGCAAGGUCCUAGUGAAAUGGAUAUACGAGAACCAGCACAAGAUGCAGACGGUGCGGCGCUGCAGCUCGUCGUUCCAGUACAAGCUGGCCGAGGACAGCCCGCUCGAGCUCGCGCCGACCGACUCGCAGCCGCGCCCGCAGCCGCAGCCCGCACCUGAACACUCCUUCAAAUAUGAAGACAUCCACGUGAGGCUAGCGGCGCCAUAUCAGUUGCAACCGAAACCGGAGGCGAGCGACCUGGGCUUUGGGAAGUACUUCACGGACCACAUGCUCAGGAUCGAGUACCAUAAGCACCUGGGGGGCUGGCAGAAGCCCGAGAUCACCCCCUUCGAGAAUCUCUCCCUGCAUCCCGCGGCCAAGGCGUUGCACUACGCGAUACAAUUGUUCGAAGGUAUGAAGGCGUAUCGGGGCGUAGACGACAAAAUCCGGUUGUUCCGGCCGGAUUUAAACAUGGAACGGAUGAACUUAGCCGCGGACCGGUCCGGCCUGCCGAUGUUCGACGGGGAGGAGCUGAUCAAGUGCAUGUCCCGCCUCGUGCAGAUAGACCAGGAGUGGGUGCCGCACUCGGAGUCCUCCACCCUGUAUAUGCGACCCACGCUCAUCGGAACUGAGGCAACGUUCGGCGUGAUGCAGCCGGAGUCGGCGCUGCUGUUCGUGAUACUGAGCCCGGUGAGCUCGUACUACAAGACGGGGACGGACGGCGCCGUGUCCAUAUUCGCGGACCCCGGCGUCGUGCGCGCCUUCCCCGGCGGCGUCGGCAACAGGAAGGUCGGCUCCAACUACGGACCCACGAUAGAGACGACGGCGCGCGCGGCGAAGCUGGGCUACCAGCAGGUGCUGUGGCUCUUCGGCCCCGACCGCCAGCUCACAGAGGUGGGCGCCAUGAACAUAUUCGCCGUCUACGUCAACGAGCGAGGAGACAAGCAGUUGAGUACGCCGCCACUGAACGGCCUGAUCCUGCCCGGAGUGACGCGGCGGUCGAUACUGGAGCUGGCCAGCCAGUGGGAGGACGUCACUGUCAAGGAGGAGGUGCUCACCAUGGACAGAAUAGUCGAACUCAACAACAAGGGACGGCUGCUGGAAAUGUUCGGGGCGGGGACGGCCGUGAUAGUGACUCCCAUCAGCAGGAUCGGUUUCCUGGACGCGAACAUCGAGAUACCGACCAUGAAGCAGGAGCAGCCGCUGUUCCAGCGACUCAAGGACACGCUGCUCGCGAUACAGUACGGCCACAUAGCGGAGCACCCCUACACCAGGGUCAUAUCGUAGUGUCCCGGCGACUGUUAACAGUGAUCAGACUCUAGUGUGGACUUGGGGCUCGAUUCGCACCCAAAUGGCCCCCGAGUUUCGAUUUCGCGCGAUCGUUAACUUUAUAUUUAUUCAAGUAGGUUUAAUCGCUCGAAAUAUUAAUUUGGACUCUUAUUUCUCUAUGCCAUUUUCGUGUGAAUUGGGUUUAAGAACAGUAGCAUAAUGUUCCGCAUUCUUUAGAUAAACGUAAGAUAAAUAGAUCGAAUGCGGCCUAGUUUGUUCUGUCGUGUCGGUUGGACGAUGUAUAAUGUUUUCAUACUCACAUUGUAAAUAAUAACUCCUAGCUAAUUAGACAUUUUUGUAUAUAUUUUAGGUCUACUUAAUUAAA